AGACAAAAGUUAAAAACUCACUCUCACUCUCUCUCUUUAUCUCUUCUUCUCUCUCUAGCUGAAGAAUCGAAAACCUCUCUAAAAAGCUAGGUUUUUAGAAACUUCGCGCUCUAAUUCUACACAGUCACCUCUGAAUCUCAGCUUGUGAUUUAUAUCUUCUUCUUGAUGACCAAAUGCUCUCUAUGAUGAUACCUUUCUUUGAACUGGCCGUGAAGAAUUGAAGUCAAGUUCGUACAAGAUCGUAGCUUUUGAUUUUCUAGUGAGAAAAGGAAAUUUGUCGUUUGGCAGUUGUGCUAUAUAUCAGCUUCCUUCUACCAUGGAAAGGACUAUGUUAGUGGAGAAGAAUCAUCCUGGUAGCCAUUCAAAACUUGUCUCCAAGGUGGAAUCAUCUAUUAGGAUCGAUUCCAUAACAAUUGACCUGGACAAUGUUGAUGAGAAAGUUGAGGCAGAAAAAUGCUCACAUUUUUCUAUGCGUGGAUAUGUAUCUGAAAUUCGUAAACGAGACUGGAAGAUCUGUUGGCCGUUUGUGUCAGAUGGUGACAGUAAUAACUAUGAGGAGCAAGCAUGCCUUCUUCCUCCUUUACAUGUUCCAAAAUUCCGAUUUUGGCGUUGUCAGAACUGUGUGUGGGAAGUUGAUGCCACUGCGAACUGUUACGGAAGUACUGCUCUAAAAUCAUGCAGUACUGGAUUCAAAUCCACUAAAGUUUGUUCCCAUGCACCAAUCCUUGGUGAUGAUGCAAUGCUACCAUCUGAUGUUCAGGGAGCUGCAAAUCAAGAAAUUCCCGAGGGAACACAGGCUGAUGCUUUUGCCAGUUUGACCAAUACCAGUAAAUGUCAUCAUUCUCAGUCUAUUGAUAAGAAUGAAAGGAAGACUAAAGAUGAAAAUGUUUCCAACAUAGGGAAAAGUGUGGGUUCAGAAGAUAAUUUGAAGCAGGAAAAUCAUAGACUGGCAUGUGUAGCAACUGAAGUUGUUUCAAGCCCAAUUCAGAAGACAGAUCUUACAGAUAAAAUAGCAGCUUUCAAGUCAAAAUGUAUCAACCUAUGUGAGCCAGGCUGUGGUCAUCAUGAAGUAGUUGCUGCUGAGUUUGCUAGAAAUCUUAAUUGCAUGGUAAACAAUGCUACUGAAAUUUGUGAAGCGGGAAAAGAAACUUCCAUAGAUGAUCAAUACAAAGAGAUAAUAACUCGUGGGGCAUCUGGAGAAGCAGGUAACAUUGAUGAUGGGGCACUCACUGCUGACAAGGAUCCUGUGAGCCGCCCUUCCCUGGAAUUAGAUGAGUAUGAUGAUCCUUCAUCUGAAAGCACUGAUAUCAUGGUUGGUAAUAAUUCUCAGGAUGUUCACCAUGAAAAUUCAAGUGGUUUGCAUCGUAGGAAAACUCGAAAGGUGCGCUUGUUGACUGAAUUGUUGUGUGAAAAUGGGGAUGGAGACACUGAUAACCAAACUCAGUAUUCUCUGCCCCAUGCCUUUCCUGAUGCAUCUGCUGGAGUUGACAAGGUUCCUGUUCUCCAAGGGGAGGUGGCUAUCCAAGGCAAAGCUAGAAGGGGCUUGGGUCAGAAUAGGAAAAGAAAGUUGCCUCAGGAUGAAGAUUCAAGAUCUCCAGAGAUGAGAUCUACCAGUAAAGUGUGUAAAGAAGUUAGGAACUCAAAGAGAGAUGGGGAAACAGCUGAACUCAGUGGGGGUUCUGAAUCAGAAGAAGAUGCAUUCGGAAGAAUGGGUUUACAAACUGGCAUGAAGAGUCAGUGGGCCAAAAACAAAGUUGACAGAAGUCUUGUUGUAAGCAAGAAGAAAAACAAAAAGGCACUGAGUUUUGAUGAAUGUUUGUUCUCAGAGCUGUCACCAGAAAAGGCGCCAAUUGAAAUCGGGGAGAAAAUUUCACCAGAAAAGGCCACUGCUGUUGAUGAUGUUUUGACCAAAUCAGUACACAAUGCAUUUACAGGCAGAGAGAUGGACUUUUUCCCUUUGCAUUCUUCACAAAUGGAGAAAAAUGUUAAUGAUUACAAGAAGAAAGGAAAGAUGCCUCUUUUUGAGGAUUAUCAGGUUUCCCCGUCUCCUUGGAAUCAUGGCAUUCUCAGAGAAGGUCCAGUGAUUAGGAAAGAUGUGGGGACAAUACAUGCUGGACUUGUACCUGUUCCGUUUCAUUCAGCAGAGGACACAUAUCUUGAAAAGGGGCUGGAUCUUUCUCUUAACAGCUACAAGACAGCACAAAGCUAUGAUGGGAAACAUAUUCCACUGGUAGAAAAUAGGCAAAGUUCUUUAUUUACUUGGCAAGAGGGAAGUUCCAAAAAUCAGGCAAUGAGGAAAGCUACAGAAAUUGAGCAUGUGGGAAAUUUCAAUUUCACUUCUAAAAUUGCCCAAGAUGCACCUUUUGAGAAAGGAAUACGUAGCGAUCCCAGUACCAAGAGACCAUCUUUUAAAAUUCCCUUCCUCAGUGAGAAGCAGAAAUACAACUUUCAGGUUGAAAUUGGGGGUUGUUCUCUCAUGCAGAAAAAGGACUUUUGUAAUACCAAAAGCAACGAGAAAACCAUUGGAAUGCAGGAACAUUCAGCAUUUCCAAGGAAAGAUAUCAACCAAAGAGCUGAUAAGUUGUCUGAACAGGGAGCUUUAGAUGACAUUCCAAUGGAAAUUGUUGAACUCAUGGCAAAGAAUCAGUAUGAGAGGUGUCUUCCUGAUGGUGAAUAUGAGAAACGCCAGUUAGAAACAACUAGUAGCUCAAGGAGGAGUCAGAUGAUGAAUUUCAGUCAAGUAUAUGGGCUUGGAGGGUUAAGCUUAUUUCAUCAGGAAACUACUCAAAAACAGAACCCUCCAGCCAGAAGAAAUGGCAUAAUAAAGAUGGGUGAAAUGGAAGAAUCAACCAAACAGAAGGCAGUUGAUUUCUUCUCUCAAGCUGAUCGAAACUCAUUCAAUAUGAGGCGACUGGAAAAAACUGGUUCCCCUGUGGGGUUUGGACCAUUUCUUCAACAUCAAGAGAAGCCAUCCAGCAGAGUUCAACAUUCUGCUUGCAUUUCUAACGUCCAAAACAUUUCUCAAAAUUGCAAACAGAUAGGGGAUGUGGUGGGGAAUAGAUCUUGUUAUGCCAAUUUCCACACCCCAGGACCAUGUAACACAUGCCAGAGCAUUCCACAGCAAAGUAAGGAAGCAAAUCACCUUUGGUCAUCAAUGAUGUCGAAUCACAUGCCUUUUGUUUAUACCAUUCCUCCAAAGUGUGUAACUCAAUCUACCAAUGUAAAUGUGUUUCCUCAUUCUUCUGGAAGUAACCUCAAGGAAAAUAUGAAUGGGGAUCGUGAGCUGAAGUUUUUGAAUAAGAAUGCUGCCAACCUGGGAAAGCAAAACAGGAAUUUUGGUUCAGAAACUCUCAUCAGGGCACGUUCAGAAUACCCCUUUGCUGGAAAACAUAAUGGGAUUGAGCUUAAUCAGAAGCCAAUAGGGUCAUUAGAUCUGUAUUCUAAUGAAACCAUACCAGCUAUGCACUUGCUCAGCCUCAUGGAUGCAGGAGUACAGUCCAGUGCACCCAUCAAUAUGGAUGUAAACUCAAAGUUCCUCAAGAGACCUUCCAUUACACACAAUCCUGAACCUAAGGAGUUUUCUAGGCUGGACACCGGGGCAUUUAAAGCUGUUAAUACUGUGAAGCACCCACCUCCUAAUCAUCAUGGUAAAAAUCAACUUGCAGAGAAUUUCCGUGAUCAUAUUCCUGUCAUUCAAACAACAGCUGGUGCAUCUUCUUCGUCAAUUCUACAUGAUAAAGGUAUUAGGAAGGCUACUGAUUUUCCCAUUCAAGUUGUUCAAGAUAAAGAUAAGAGAAAAGGCUCUGAUUCACGCACACAGAAUAAAGUAAAUAGAUCACAAAAAUCAGCAUAUGGUGGUUUUGGCACCAACUGUGGAUCCAUUCCCGCUCAUAACAUGCAGACAAUGUUUUAUGGUGCUUCAGAUUCUUCAAUGUUUCCUUUGCCAUUCCGUGCAUUGGAAAAGCCAAACAAACACAAGUUGGAGUCCCCUGCUAACAAUAGAACUGUUCACGCCCAUAAAAGCAGUUCUGAGACUGAAGUUUGCAGCGUGAACAGAAACCCUGCUGAUUUUACCGUACCGGAAGCUGGAAAUAUGUAUAUGAUUGUAGGUGAAGACCUAAAAUUUGAAAAGGAAGUUCCUUUUGUAAACGGAUCUCGCUCACUUAAAUUGGAUGGGCCCAAACGACAGAGGAAGCUUCCUGCUGUGAAAGGCCGUGGACGACCUCCAAUGUCACGAUUGUCCUAAAUUUCAAUGCCGCAGGUGAAGUCUUGCUUUCUCUUGCCAGCUUCUACAAAAUCAGAAUAAGUCAAAAGCUUUAUGAAGAUCAGAUAGCAACUGCUGAAAUUGAUAUUGAUUUUGGAACCAUGAUUCCAUUCACUCAAGGUCUUGUUGAGUUCUAACCUCUGCAACUGAGUUGCGGAAGCAUAAUGGGUGGCGUGUAAAUACCUACAAAUGCCUUGAGAUCCACAAGUAACUGUUUAUGUAUGUACCUUUUCAUUUCAGUUGUGUUUUGGUGUGAUUAACCUGCAAGGUUCCAGAAAAGCCUGACAUUUCAAAAGGGCUUCCUUCUACUUCGGUGAUGGCUUUGGCUCCAGUCUUGAUCAGGAAGUGGGAAUGGAAAUAGAGAGCAGGGAAUUAGCUAGUAUAAUAAUAGAACACCUCUAGCUGGAGAUUGCCGGGUGUUCAUCAACUCAGCCAUUGUUGGCUGUACUGCCGUGUUGUAAUUUAUAAGGUAAGAAAAUCAAAAGGAGACUUGUAAUCUUUUGGAACAUGAAGGAAAAAGACAAUGUGUUAGGAAGAUUUGGGUUAGCCGGAGACAGAUCAUGGAGACAGAUCUUUCUGAUUAACCUAAUAGACUGGUAUUUGGUUUCUAUCAAAGAAUUAUUGAGAAGGAUUGAGUAGUGCACCUUUUUUAA